GCGUUUUUCUAGUCGUAUAAAAAUCGACAUUCAAGCACAACUCUAUCAAGUCGUACGGCACGAAUCCCCCGAAAGAGCACAUUUUAUUAUGGCGGACAAAUUACGUACGCAGCAAGAACUCGAACGACUCCAGGCCAAGUAUGUCGGUACGGGCCACCCAGACACGACAUCAUGGGAAUGGAGAACAAACGUCUCGCGCGACACAUUCUCUAGCAUCGUCGGCCACCCGCCCCAAUUGGCUUAUAUCUCGCUCGCUCAGAAUGAACCAGCCGCCAAAGUCCGAGCUCAACUUUUGCGAAAAAUGAUACAACCCUGCGGCCCACCUCCCCCGCGUGAAGGCGAGGAACCUGUGCAGAGAUCCGCCCAAUGAUAAAUGCAGACGCACGUCAAGGGGUUCGGGUUGGGCAGGACAGAAGGCACUCUUUGAAGUUUAGACGGAAGAGGCAGUGGAAUAUGAAUAUGAAAUUUAAUAGGCAUAGCACGUCAG